AUGGUGUCUGUUGAUUGGUCAUGGACUUUUAUUCUUGGUUUGGGUGAUCCAAAUAUUAUAGUUGAGCCUCCAAGUGAAGAACAUGAUGGCUCAGCUAUAUUAGCCACCUUUUGUGGAGUAAUAAUCAUUUGCGGGAUUAUUGGCAGUGUUUAUGGAAUACGUCGUAUACGAACACGUUAUCAUAGAAUUCCAGAGGUGAAUACAACUAAUGAUGGAUUUAUUGAUAAUAUUCCAAAUGAUAGUUUUGUUGAACCAUACCAAUAUGAGAAAUUAGUUCAACCACCAAGUGAUGAUAAAUCAAGAGGUACUUAUACGAAUGAAGUUGGUCGUGGCAAUCAGCAUCUACUAUCAUUUUAGAUCGUCCACCAGAUUAUGGAUCAAUUUCUUUAAGACCGGAUGAGCAUCACUACUAAAGUUUUCACAAUAAAUUUCUCAUAUACUAUCAUUUUCUCAUUGUUUCUUUUGUCUGAAAUCAACUAUUCCAUCAGAUUAAUUUGAUAGUUUUACAUCAUCAUAAAUUUUUGUAAUGGUUAUUGAAUAAAUUACCUGAUCAUGGUAUGUUUCAAUAA